UCCCUCCACGUGCGCUGCCUAGGCCACCGCGCAGCGCCCUCUGGGAGCCCGGCUGUGCGGCUCGAGGACCUCGCGAGCGGCUCCUCGUGGACUCCCUUCCCCCUUGCUGCGACACCCCACCCACCGCCCUCUACCCCCGCUCCGACCCACUGGUCCCCGAAACGGUGGCGGCGGUUUGUGGUCGUUGGUCCCACGGAUUUAGGACCAAUAUUUGAAGACUCGAAGGGGAACUGCAACCAUGAGUGAAGAAACUAUGGAUGGAACAAAUGGAUGCAACAAAGUACGGACUGGUACUCAGAAUGAAGCAGCAUUGCUUGCUUUGAUGGAAAAGACUGGAUACAACAUGGUUCAAGAAAAUGGGCAAAGGAAGUUUGGUGGUCCACCUCCAGGUUGGGAAGGUCCACCUCCACCUCGAGGCUGUGAAGUUUUUGUAGGAAAAAUACCUCGUGAUAUGUAUGAAGAUGAGUUAGUUCCUGUAUUUGAAAGAGCUGGGAAAAUAUAUGAAUUUCGACUUAUGAUGGAAUUUAGUGGUGAAAAUCGAGGUUAUGCUUUUGUGAUGUAUACUACAAAAGAAGAAGCCCAGUUAGCCAUUAGAAUUCUUAAUAAUUAUGAAAUUAGACCAGGGAAAUUUAUUGGUGUGUGUGUAAGCUUGGAUAAUUGCAGAUUAUUUAUUGGAGCUAUUCCAAAAGAAAAGAAGAAAGAAGAAAUCUUGGAUGAAAUGAAGAAAGUUACAGAAGGAGUUGUAGAUGUCAUUGUUUACCCAAGUGCAACUGAUAAGACCAAAAAUCGUGGUUUUGCAUUUGUGGAAUAUGAAUCUCACAGAGCUGCUGCAAUGGCUAGGAGAAAACUAAUUCCAGGAACCUUCCAACUGUGGGGCCAUACCAUUCAGGUGGAUUGGGCUGACCCAGAGAAAGAGGUUGAUGAGGAAACCAUGCAGAGAGUUAAAGUUCUCUAUGUACGAAAUUUAAUGAUCUCAACUACUGAGGAAACAAUUAAAGCAGAAUUCAAUAAAUUCAAACCUGGUACAGUUGAGCGAGUAAAGAAACUUAGAGAUUAUGCUUUUGUUCAUUUUUUCAACCGAGAAGAUGCAGUGGCUGCCAUGUCAGUAAUGAAUGGGAAAUGCAUUGAUGGAGCAAGUAUUGAGGUAACACUGGCAAAACCUGUAAAUAAAGAAAACACUUGGAGACAGCAUCUUAAUGGUCAGAUUAGCCCCAAUUCUGAAAACCUGAUUGUGUUUGCUAACAAAGAAGAGAGUCACCCCAAAAUUCUAGGAAAGCCGUCAACUCUUCCAGUUCGUCUCAAUGGCCAGCAUAGCCCGAGCCCCCCUGAAAUUGAAAGAUGCACUUACCCGUUUUUUCCUGGAACAAAGCUUACUCCAAUUAGUAUGUAUUCUUUAAAAUCCAAUCAUUUCAAUUCUGCAGUAAUGCAUUUGGAUUAUUACUGCAACAAAAAUAAUUGGGCACCACCAGAAUAUUAUUUAUAUUCAACAACAAGUCAAGAUGGGAAAGUACUCUUGGUAUAUAAAAUCAUUAUUCCUGCUAUUGCAAAUGGAUCCCAGAGUUACUUCAUGCCAGACAAACUCUGUACUACGUUAGAAGAUGCAAAGGAACUGGCAGCCCAGUUUACAUUACUUCAUUUGGACUACAAUUUCCGUCGCAGCUCAAUAAAUAGUCUUUCCCCUGUUAGUGCUACCCUCUCUUCUGGGACUCCCAGCGUGCUUCCUUAUACUUCAAGGCCUUACUCUUAUCCAAGCUAUUCCUUGUCACCAACGAUACCUCUUGCUAAUGGCGGCCAUGUUGGACAGCGAUUAUAUAUCUCCAAUCAGGCCUCAUUCUUCUGAAGAAAAUACUGUAAACAGGAGUAUGAAGUUUCUUUGUAAAGCAUGCACAUUAAAAUACUGUUUUAUUUUAGAAUCGGGUCUGUACAUUUGGUUUUAAAAAGAAAAUUAUAUAUUCAACAUAGUAAACAUCAGCCAUAGUAAACAUCAGAAUAACCUACAGUUGUAAAACUUGUAAAAAUGCUACGGUUAAAAAGUUAGUGAUUUCUCUUGAUAAAGGUAUAACAAACUACUGUUAGUUUUAAAUUUUUGGGAUUUUAAAUAACUUCUGAUUCUUGAGUGGUCAAUAGAACCCAGAAGUUUACAUUAAUUUUUUUCAUUGUAACUUUACUAAAUAGAGUUUCACAAGUAUUAAAGCACUAGAUUUGAUUACCAAGGAUCACUUAUCUGUAUCAGAGAUUAGAACAAUUAUAUAACCAGAAGCAUCUAACUAUUAUGUAAAAAGAAAUGAAGGGCAAAAAGAUUAAGAUGCAAAUUUUAUGCAGUACUAAAGAAAAAGCAGUCUACCAUUGUGGUCCUUGAAAAUAACUAUAAAUAUUUUAGUUAAUAAUUAUUUGUUGUAAAGAUAAAUUAUAAUUUUGCCGUUAAUAUAUUCAAGGUUUUUGUAGUUAUACUUCUGUUUUUGUGAUAUUCGAUGUAUAGUUGAGUAAGAAGUGUUAUGGUUUUUUAAUGUUGAAAUCAUGUGUUGUUUAAUUUUUGUACUUGAAUUCAAAUUCUUUGACAUUAAAUAUACAGUGUUUCUAAUA